UGCAGGUAGCUAGCUACCGGCUAUGUAGAUCCUUCCGCUCUUCACUUUCACCACAUCCCGAGAGAAACAAAGAGAAACAGAGAGCAUGGAAUUCAACGACCAUCACGAGGACCAAGACGAGGACAUGGAGCUGAGCCCGACGGCGCCAACACCGCCAGGUUACGACUCUUCCAGGUCCAAAAUGGGCCCCACUAGCGGCGGAGGAGGAGGAGAUGGCGCCGCCAGAAAAAGGGUUCCUACUAUCAGGUACAGAGAAUGCUUGAAGAACCACGCCGUUAACAUCGGAGGCCAUGCCCUCGACGGUUGCGGCGAGUUCCUUGCGGCCGGUGAGGAGGGUUCACUCGACGCGCUGAAAUGCGCCGCGUGCAACUGCCACCGCAACUUCCACCGCAAGGAGCCCGCGGAAGGUGGUGGUGGUGGGGCCACCAUCGCCCACCAACAACACUCCCAGCAGCAGCCUUUCUCGGCUUACUACGGCCACCCUUAUCCACCGCCCCCGCCUUCGGGUUACCUCCACCUCACCCCGGCGCAGCCGCAGAGGCCUCUGGCCUUGCCCGCGGCGGCUGGCUCGGGCGGGUCCCACAGCAGGGAGGAGCUGGAUGACGUGUCGAACCCGAGUUCUAGCGGGGGCGGCGGGAGUGGGGUGGGGCUGUUGAGGAAGAGGUUUAGGACCAAGUUCACGGCGGAGCAGAAGGAGAAGAUGGUGGAGUUUGCAGAGAAGGUGGGGUGGCGGAUUCAGAAGCACGACGAGGCGGCGGUGGAGGAGUUCUGCGCCGUGACGGGGGUGAAACGACAGGUGCUCAAGGUUUGGAUGCACAACAACAAGCACACUAUCGGUAAGAAGCCCUAA